AAAACUCAUUAUCAGUCACUAUACCUAUUCAUUGUCUGUGACUCUUACGCAUUCAGUUUUCAACCAAUUUUUAACUUUAUGUUACAUUUCGUGAGAGUCAACAUCAUGUCAAGAUGAAGUCGAAUUAAUGAUAUAAAACCCAUAUCUUUCUGUUUAUUUUGAUAUGUUUGUGAUGUAUAUAUUUUAAGAUUAUUUCGAGUUCAACUGUCCUAAAAUAGAUGAAACUUAUCAACUAAAUUAAUUUUAAUAAGUGGUAAUAUAGCAAAUAAUAUUUGCAUUAACAGUCAAGGUCUAUUCAUCUUCAUUGUAAUCACUUUCUUAAUAUCCAAAACGUAAAAAAAAAUGGCUAAAGCUCUUUUCAGCAAGGAAAUGAGAAGUUAUUUUAUGAGCACCCACUUUUGGGGUCCUCUUGCAAAUUGGGGUAUCCCUAUUGCGACUAUUGCUGACACACAAAAAGACCCUGAAAUUAUAAGUGGCCCAAUGACAACAGCUCUGGCUUUGUACUCUGCAAUGUUCAUGAGGUUUGCGAUCAAAGUUCAACCUCGAAAUAUGCUCCUAUUUUCUUGCCAUUUUACAAAUGAAGUAGCACAACUAGUACAAUUGGGACGAUUUAUUAAUUACCAUUAUAUUAGUAAAAAGUAGUUUUAUUUUAAUGCCAAACUUAAUUUUGCUCAAAAUAGUUCAUGUAAUGUAAACAAAUGAAUUAUACGUAUAAUUUAUUGUUGUAUUUUAGCAGUUGAAAAAAUAAAUCACUAUUUAAAAUGCC